CCUCUGUGUUCGAUUAUGUUGUAGAACAUUUUUAAAUUUUUAGCUAUUUUACACUUAUCUUUUAACUGGUUUUUAACAUGUUUAGAGGUAUGCCUCCGACAACUCUGAACAACCCAAGCGUCCAAGUUCCAUCAAAUUCAUCAUCCACAGUCUUCGAACCCACCAACUCAAUAGAAUCCGAGGAUAACCGACCACAACCUGCAGAAUUUGCAGGUUUCGUUGAACCUACUCUACAAAGGCCUGAAGAAGUUCUCAUUUCAGCAGCAAAUUAUAGAGACAAUGCAAACACAAGUAUGGAAUGUUCAGAAAUUGAAUUAUCACGAAUUCAAGCUUCCGAGAAUAGAAACGAUGAAUCCUCUAGUCAGGAAGAAGCUCGAACAUCUUCCGGAUCUAGCGAAGGACCUCCACGUGCUAAAAGACGAUGUACUGAAGGAAAAGACUCUUGGAAUACAAAGAAAAGUUCCCCAAAUGUGCCUGAUGUGGGAAUUUAUGGAAAUAAAUUAUUGGAUUUGAAAUCCAAAGAGAAGGAAUCUAGUUGUUGGGAAAAGUUCACUAAACCUUCGACGCAAGAGAGGCAAAAACAGAUAGAUAUUAGUGUUCCUAAAGCCGGUACUCCAGUGACAUCGAAUAUGAUCAAACAGGCUGGUCCUUAUUUACUUGGUCCUUUGAUUGGGACAUCUCCAGUAAAAAGUAUAGUGCAAUGUUUAGCUAGGCGGAUGGGGGCUGACAAAUUUUAUACUAUUAAGAUUUUGACUUUGAAAGACGAAUCAGAAAAUGAAACUCAGGAUGAUCGGCAAGGGAAAAUGUUGUUGCAUGCAGAAUUUUCUCUUUUGAGUUUACUCCAGAAUCAAGAUGGUGUUGUACAUCAUCAUGGAUUUUUCAAAGAUUGUGCUAUGGAAGAAAAAAGUUCCCCGCUUGGAAAUAUUUACACAGGAAAACUAAAACGGCGACUAUGCCUUGUCCUCGAUUGCUUAACGUCUCACGAUUUUAAUCCAAGGAACGAUGAACUACUCAACUUGCAGCAUCACGUCAUAAGAGAGAAGAAAUUAUCCGAGAAGGAAACUCUUUUGAUUUUCUACGAUACUGUCAGGAUCGUAGCCUGUUUGCACAAGAGAAACAUCGUUCACAGAGACCUUAAACUCGGAAAUCUGGUCAUAAACCGCAAAACCAGAAAGGUAACAAUCACGAAUUUUUGUCUUGGAAAACAUCUUGCAAGUGAAAAUGAUCAUUUGAAAGAUCAGAGAGGUUCGCCAGCGUAUAUUUCUCCGGAUGUCUUGUGUGGGAAACCAUACUUGGGAAAACCUUCGGAUAUGUGGGCAUUGGGUGUAGUACUUUUUACUAUGCUUUUUGGACAAUUUCCUUUUUAUGACAGUAGCCCAACACAAUUAUUUAUCAAGAUAAAGGCUGCCAAUUAUCACAUUCCAAACGAUGGACGAGUUUCGGAUGGAACAUUAUCACUAAUUAGAAGCUUGUUGGUUUUGCAACCAAGUAAACGCUUAACAGCAAUUCAAGUCUUGAAUUCUCUCGACACAAUAAUUGCGACAUUUAAGGUUCCUAUAGUAGUCGGUGAGGAAGAUCAGGUGGUCCCUGAAAUGACUGAAUCCCAGGAAGAAACGGAAGAUAAGAAAGAAGAGAAGAAGGAAAGCGAAGACGAAAGUGAAAACUCGUUAUCGGACUUUUCGAGACAUAUUACACUUCAGGAAAAAAUGCAUCAAAUGAUCAAGCAGCCAAGUCCCAUUUUACCACGACCUAGACCUUAUGGUCAAAUUCCAGUUUAUAGGAUAGACUCUGAUGCUCGAGAGCUGACUCAAGCUGAAUUAAAUAAAUACAAACAUCUUAUACCUAGAGAUAAUCCAAGACAACAUUCUUCGAAUAGAGGAGAAGGAACUUCGCUACUGGGGAGAGGAAGUUCUAGUAGAAGUAGAUCAUCAAAUCAUCAGGCCGGUAGUCAGCAAGAUCAAAGAAGGGACUCUAAUAACCUAGAGCAUAGUUCAACUAAUUCUAAUUUAGCGACCAAUAAUGUUCAGCAACCUCAAAACUUACUUAGUACUUCUAUAGGUUUAUUAAAUGCCACGAAUAGAUCCUUGAUAUCGAAUUCUGUAAAUAAUUCGCGAUCAAGACACGAAACUAAUUCAACUAAUGCCUCGGCGUCUUCUACAAGAUCAACGGGGGAUUUAAUUAAUAGAUCGCAAUUAAUGAGACGGAGACUCUCUCAGAGUCAGAACGCUCUGUCGAGGGAAAUUUCCUCAAUUAUGAAUACUCGACAGAGACUCGCAUCACAAAAUGGCACUCUUUCUAGUAGCCAAUCCUCGCUCUCGGAAAUGCAGGAUCGAACUCUCCAGGUAUCCGAUGACCAGAUUCGUCUUCGCCAAGGAAACAGAAGUCAGAGUCAGGCGACCAGAAAUGGGGAACCACGUAUCAGACAAUCAACUUCUCGUUCCUUAUCCACAUCCCCUUCAUUGUUCGCCACGAACACAAACUCCAACAACGCAACAUUCGACUCCACAGACCUAAACAGAUCAGUUCCCGAACUGAGAAGCCGAAACCAACAGAACAGUUUUAGGGAAGCAAUAGUAGACCGAUUAAUAUCUUUUCGAGUUCGGAUGCAGCAAAGUAGAAUUAACAGCAUAGAAAGGGCUUUAGAUAAUCAGAGAAGAAUCUCUGACGCUAUUUCUGCCCCAACGAAUUCUAAUUCCAGGGAUUUGUUAUCCAGAAGAUCGUCUCCCUACAAUAGACAUUUGCCAUUCGUCACAAAUUCAAGACAUUCUGGGGAAAGAAGUGCUUCCACUCAGAAUAGUUUAAGGCGUACCAAUUCAGAUUUGAGUUCCAGCAGAUCUAUCGAGUCAAUUAUAAGAAGAAAUAUCCGUGCCUCGAAUUCCAACGACAGUCAAAAUUUGCGGCUGUGCCCAGUGAGAAAUAAUUCUACGAAUCAAAGGACAAAUAUUGUAAAUAGUCUCGUGGAUCUCGAAGAAAAUCAACUGCACCUCAGAGAAGGAAAUUCGGGAACUUUUCUUGCAGCUGGUAACGACUCUGCGCUGAGCAUGUUUAAUCCGAACACUCGACGCGAAGCUGUGGCCAAUUUUUUGUCGCAAUUAGAGAUGAACUCCAAUACUUCUAAUAAUAAUAAUAAUAAUAAUAAUAAUAAUAAUAAUAAUAAUAGCAAUAAUAAUAAUAGACCCAACUCUGAUUCUGUGAGAUGAUACCGCAUUGAAUGAACAAACACUGAACGUUUAUUUUAAUCGAUUUUAAAUUCUUUGGUGAAUUUAAAACAUACAUGCAUGACUAAAGGUAAAAUGUUCUAUAAAAUGAACAAUGUUCCUUAAAAAAAA